AUGUUGGCUAAAUCAGCGACCAAAGAUAUUUUGUUCCGAGGCUUAUUCAAAUYGCCGGUAUCGACGUUUCAAGUUUGUCGUUACGUCUCUCUCUUGGGACAAUUAAAGCCAUCAGAUGGCUCUACCAAAUCUUUCAAAAGACUGGGUCGUGGUCCCUCUAGUGGUUUGGGUAAAACAUCAGGGCGUGGUCAAAAGGGUCAAAAGGCACGUGGUAAAGUGAAAUCGUGGUUUGAAGGUGGUCAGACUCCAAUUUAUAAACUAUUCCCUAAAGUUGGGUUUACCAAUGCGAAUGCCAAACCGUUGAAGGAACUAAACCUGGAACGUAUUCAAUGGUUUCAUGAUAAAAACAGACUGAAUUUACAACCAGGUGAGAUUUUAGAUAUAAAUAAGAUGAGGAAAAUUGGCUUGGUCACUGGGCCUAUCAAAAACGGUAUUAAAAUUCUAGCGAGUGGAAAAUUUCAUUACAGUCUACCAAUUUCUAUAGAGGCUUCGAGAGCAUCCGCAAAGGCUAUUGAGGCCAUUGAAAGAGCGGGAGGUAAAUUCACAGCACGAUACUACACACCGUUGGGUUUAAGGGCACACCUUAAUCCAGAAUGGUUUUUAAAAAAAAGAGGAAGGCUGCCUCUACAAGCAAGACCCACUAAAAGAAAAGAUAUUGAUUAUUACGGUAAAGAAGAGAAAAGAGGUUAUCUAAUAAUGGAAAAAGACAAACUUUUGAAAGAUAUCGAGAAUGCUCAAAAGAAUGGUUCAAGACAUUUCUUGAGACAGAACGUAAAAAAGAGUUCUUUAGAACUUGAACUAGAGAAAUUGUCUUCAGAUCAUGAAUCCGUGCCUGUCAUAUCUAGAUCUAAAGUCAUGAAUGUCAAAGAUCUGGAGCAGUAG